AUGGUUCAACAGAUUAUGGAUUCGUUAAAGGAGGAGCUGCCAGUGUUCCAAACGUCUCUGGUACUCACCGGGGAUGUCAAGAUCGGCCUUGUCCUUGUUGACAUUGUUAAUGGCUUAUGUACCGUCGAUGUUGGAAAUUUGGUACCAACACAACUUGAUAAGCAAAUCUCUGAAAUGGUAGACAAGUUGGUGAGAGUUGUAAGACCUUUCUAUGAUAGAAAAUGGCCUGUCUUUGCUUUCCUUGAUUCUCAUCAUCCUUACAUUCCUGAGCCUCCUUAUCCUCCUCAUUGCAUUGCUGGAACUAAUGAAGCAAAGCUAGUCCCAAUCCUACAAUGGUUGGAGAACGAAGCUAAUGUGAAACUUAGGUGUAAAGAUUGCAUCGACGGGUUCCUUGCUUUCGUUGAGAAAGAAGCCUCUAAUGUUUUUAUCAAUUGGGUGUAA